CGGGUACUGUCCGGUUCGGUCGACCUUCGCUUCGAAAUUGACAGGAAUCGUUUCAUUCUUUAAAGCUCUGGCGAUUUAAGUGGUGCGUGUGUACACUACAUCCGGUUCCCUCAAGAUGGCAACCUCAAUUCAACUCCCAUCAGACGCAAUCCCUUUCAACAUCUUUGCCUUAACAUCAAUGCCUCCGAAUGAUAGAUACCGUGGUGCUGUUGUAGAGGACCUGCAACUUCCCCCUGCAUUCUGUUUGCCCUCCUCCGAAUCUGUAUCUCGCGCAAUGGAGUCAGCAUAUGAUCGUGAUUUCUCCCAUAUACCCGUCCUCAACCGUGAUCGUCGUCCACUCGGGUACGUAGACGUUGCCGCUCUGAAAGAAAAGUGGGAAGCAGGCACAGCAUCGCCAAACGACUCCGUCAGUAAAUACAUGACCAAGUUCAAUCGCAGCGCGUCUCAGCAUUACACCCUCGUAACACCCUUGACGCCCCUUGCGGAACUGGCAGAGUUUUUGCAGGAUAAUAUCUUUGCAUUAGUUACGGACCAGGGCAAAAAUUUCGUGCUUGCCGUAGCGACAUCACAGGAUCUGGAUAAUUUCGUGACACGUAGGGGUCGUUGA